AUGGUUUCUUUUUCCAAAAUCCUACACUCCAACUUAUUACUUGUGAGCCAGUCCAUAUUUCAGGAUGUCGCGACUCCACAACAAGCUGCUACCGAUCAAUACUCAGUCAUAAACUUCCUCGGUGGCUCGGCUCCUUAUAAGCAAGGAUCAAGAUAUGGUAUUAGUUCUGAUAUCCCAGACAAGUGUACAGUGGAACAUGUUCAAAUGAUUUCACGACAUGGAGAGAGAUUCCCUUCGAAAGGUGACGGUGCUUACUUUAACACAGUGAUGAACGCGUUCAAGAGUUACAAUAAGGAGUUUAAAGGUGAUUUGUCGUUCUUGAAUGACUAUGAGUAUUUUGUUACAAACAAGGAGUAUUAUGAAAAGGAAACAAGUCCCAUGAACUCUGAAGGAACGUUUGCCGGUACCACGACUGCUCUUCGUCACGGGGCCUACUUCAGGCAACGAUACAACACAUUAUACAACAAAGGAGAUAAUUUCACUGUUUUCACAAGUAAUUCAGGUAGGUGUUAUCAAACCGCGAACUACUUUGCACGUGGGUUUUUAGGUGACGAGUAUUCGGAAGAACAUGUGGAGUAUGUUGUUGUUGACGAAGAUCCCAAGAUGGGUGCCAACUCAUUAACACCACGCUAUGCUUGCAAAAACUUGGACAAAAUCAAUAAUGAUCAUAUUACCGAUCAAUUCGACAAGAGCUAUUUGCAGGAUAUUUUGGACAGAUGGCAGCAAGAGAAUCCUGGUUUGAAUUUGACAACAGCCCAAGUGUCGUCCUUAUUUUUGUGGUGUGCUUUUGAAAUCAACGUGAGAGGUUCAUCGCCAUUUUGCUCCUUAUUCACCAAUGAGGAGUUUAUAAAGAGUGGGUAUAGAAACGAUUUGACCAAUUACUACUCCAUUGGUCAGGGAAACAACUUGAGCACAACAGUCGGAUCACCCAUGGUGGAAGCAUCAUUGCGAUUACUCCUUGACAACAGCCCAUCAAGUAAAAUAUGGGUUAUGUUCACGCAUGAUACGGACAUGGAGUACUAUCUAUCAUCGAUGGGACUUAUCAACCCGGAGAAGGAUUUACCUGUUGACCAUGUUCCGUUCCCCAAUCCCUACAAUGCAGCACAAAUGUUUCCGCAGGGAGGUAGAACUUAUUUGGAGAAGUUAAAGUGCAAGGACAAAGAGUAUGUUCGAUUUAUUAUGAACGAUGCUGUUGUGCCAUUCCCCAAAUGCAGUAACGGGCGUUGGAUUUUCUUGCGAGUUGUACCAAUUUGUUGGUAUUGUGAGGUCAAGGAUGGAUGGCGUAGAUUAUUCACGUCAAUGUGA